AUGACGGAGUCGGAUCUGAAGGCCGUUUCCGACAGCUUCGAGGGUCUCGAAGGUAUGAAUCUGCCAGUGGCAGCAUUUGUGGAAGCCUUCAAGACGAACCCGGUGCUGGUUCGGAAAAUCGCAUUGGUCACGGGCUUCGAGGAACACCUACUGAAAUCGAUUCCCCAAGAGGAGCUACUGUCGACCUUCGCACAGUGGGACUCGGAGGGGUCCGGAAACCUCAGCUUCGAGAACUUCGUGCAAGGCCUCUCGAAGAUGCGACAGUUCAACCGAAGUGCCACUGAGCAGGCUGAAGUUGCCGAAGAGCAGGCAGUGCUGGACGCCUCUGUCCAAGAGGCCAAAGAAGCUUUUCUCGCUGCUGGUGGAGGACAAGGAAGCGAAUUGGAUUUGCAGGCUUUUCUCGUGGCCCUGUCUGAUGCGACACUCGUGGAUAAGAUCGCAACAGCAACGGGGCUGCCGACCUCUUUUUUUGAAAGUCUUUCCGUGCGUCAGCUGCUGGACCUUUUCAAAGAAGUGGACCUUGACUGCUCUGGCACGAUUUCACUGGAAGAGUGGAUUGAAGCGCUCGCGCGGAUACGAAUGACUCUCUACGAUGAGCGAAAGGCAGAGAUGGACGCGGCCAUGGAUGCAGUCAGAACGCAUGCAGAGGCAGCAUUAAAUGAAGGCGACGAGGAUUGGUCCGGUGAGUUCGACUUCCGGGAGUUCAUUGUCGCCUUCAAGUAUAAUCCGACUUUCCUGCGAAAGGUCUCGUUGGCGACGGGCAUUUCCGUGGAAGAGUUGGGAUCUAUGCAGGACGAGUCCAUCGAGGAUCUCUUCUUGGCUUUGGACACCGAUUUUUCUGGAACAGUUUCCUUCGCCGAGUUUGUCAAGGGUCUCGCGCAGAUUCGUUUGAUCCGCAAGGCCCGCGUGGACCAAGAGCGGCAGCAGCAAGAAGCAGCGAUGUUGGACGAGGCCCUCUCGAUUGCAGCAGAAGCCUUCGAGACGGCAGAUUUCGACCUGCGCGGGGAGUUGGAUCUGCAGUCCUUCAUGCAGGCCCUGGGCAAUACCAAGGUUGCAGAAAAGGUGUCUCAGGCAACGUCUGUGCCCACGGAAUGGUUCUUGUCCUUAGACGUCGGUCAGAUGGUUGAGCUUUUCCAGGACAUCGAUGCCGAUGCCAACGGCAAGGUGUCCUUCCACGAGUGGAUUCUCGCUCUCCUUCGAGUUCGCCAGGCGAACCACGAGGAUCUCAAGGCGGAGCGACAGCAGGAGAUGGCCGCCAUCGAAAGCUUAGUUGAAGAAGCCUUGGAAGAAGGAGAUGAAGAUUGGUCUGGCGAGUUGGACUUCCGCGAGUUCAUCGCUGCCUUCCGCUGCAAUCCACGCUUUGUGAGGAAGGUCGCGCUUGCAGCAGAUACCACUGUCGAAGAUCUCAGCGCCCUUGCCAACGAGGAUCUGGAGCAGUUCUUUGCUGUCUUAGACACGGACCGCUCUGGCACCAUCUCUUUUGACGAGUUUGUUAACGGCUUGCUUGAUAUCCGCUUAAAGCGGCAUGCCUACGCCAGGGAGCAGGCAGAAGCCGAGAACCAGGCAGUUAUCGAUGUGGCCUAUCUGGAUGCUCUGGAUGCUUUCAGCCAGGCAGAUCUUGGAGUGACAGGAGAGCUGGACCUUGACAGCUUCCACAAGGCUCUCCAGCAGCCGGCGAUUUUGGAGAAGGUUGCAGUGGCAAGCCAGCUGCCGCCGGAAUUCUUCACCAAACUUUCGAAGCAAGACAUCCGUGACAUGUUCGCUCGCAUGGACACUGAUUGCUCCGGUGGAAUAUCCUUCAACGAGUGGGUGGCAGCGAUUGUAAACACCCGCCAGGAAGUUUAUUUGACGGAGAAGCUGGAGCAGGAGACUGCAAUUGCAGCGGUGAUGGGCGAUGCGGCAGCUGCCAUGGAUGAAGUGCUCGAGGACUGGACAGGGGAGUUCGAGCUCCAGAGGUUUAUCUCCGCUUUCCAGACCAACAGCGCUUUUUUGCAGAAAGUCUCCCAUGCAACAGGCUUGCCUGCCGAAGAAUACCAGCGACUGCAGGCUAGUGAUCUCAAAGAUCUCUUCGAUGCUUUGGACAUGGACUUCUCCGGGACGGUUUCCUUCAGCGAGUUCGUAGAAGGACUGGCGGCCAUCCGAAGGGCUCACGAGGCUGCGAUUCUGGAAGAGGUGCCCAGCCCCACGGCGUCUCGCAAGGUCGUCAAGGAUGCCAUGGUCCAGGGUGCCCCGGAAGGGAUGGACAGCAUUACACCCAGUGGCCUCAAGCAGUUGAUGUCACUUCUAGAUGCUGACCGGUGGACCCCUGCCAAGCUCGAGAAGCUUAUCGCGGGCCUGCCGUGGACGAACGGAACGCUUCCGCUGAGCAAACUGGUGGACUUGCUGUACUGA